CUUGCUGUGAACCUGACUCUGUUUUCUUUUCCCGCCAACAGACUGGCCUCCCGCUCUCCUCCCAAUGCCUCUCAGGCUCCGGCUUUCUUCAGCAAGCUGACAGAGAGCACGUCGGCCAUCGUCAAGUCCAAGAAGCAGGAGAUGAUCAAGAAGAGGACGGGAGAUGGAAACGAGCCAGAAUUCAAUGCAGGUCAGCCAGGAACGGAGAUCUUCAACAUGCCAGCAUCCACCACUGCAGGACCUGUGAGCGUGCGCAGCCACCCGGCUCCAGAGGCAUCCGGUAACUCCAUAGGUCUGGAGGCCAUAAUCAGAAAGGCCUUAAUGGGGAAGUACGACGAGUCGUCUGAGGAGCGCUCCUCGUCCAGCGCUGCUAACCCAGCAGGUUCCGCCGACGGACGAGAAGACUCAUUCUCACAAGGCGGCUCAAAGUCCUCUAAGAGCGGCGGCCGCUCUAACGGACGCAAGUCCAAGUCCCCAGGACCGGGUCUGUCCGGCAGCGAGAGGCCUUCGUCGGUGUCGUCAGUUCACUCCGAGGGAGACUGCAACCGACGGACCCCUCUUACCAACCGGAUGUGGGAGGACCGGCCCCUAUCUGCAGGUUCGACCUAUCCCUGCAGCCCGCUGAUCAUGCGUUUCCCCAGCGGGACAGUCUCAGCCCAUUCCCCUUCCUCCGGCCAGCAGGGCGGCCCGGGUCCCGGACAGGGCCGCUCUUGGGAGGAGGAGCCUAAGCCUCUGCUUUCAUCUCAGUAUGAAACCCUGUCUGACAGCGAGUGACCAGAAAGACUGCGGCAAAGAACCUGCAGCUCCACAUAUGGAGAGGACACCCGAACGAAUCCGCAGCUCUGCCUCCCCCCCUCCCUCUGUCAGCCAUAAAUAAAGCCCCCCUGCUCCCUUCGUGGAUGAUGAGGAUUGUAAAAAGGGGAACUGUGUGGCUCUGUCUCUACCCACCUACAUGUUAUGCAUUCACUCCAGGACUACGCUGAAGGACAAAUCACUCGUUUUCGGUAGUUUUUUUUUUUACUUUACUACUAUUCCUCACUGGCCUUAUCAGUACGGGCGCAUCGAGCCGUGCGUUUGGCUUGUUCGCUGUUAUCUGCUCACACCUCACGUUCAUGUUCAGCAGUGAACUCCGUGUGCCGGUGGGCCGCUUACCACUACAAGAACACAGAAGAAGAAUCAGCAUCUCUGGUUUUUCUUGGUUUUUGUUCUUUGAUUUGUCUCUCUGGAACUCUCAGUCCAGUCCUGUGUUUUUUGUUUUGUUCUGUUGUUUUUUUUUUUUUUUUUUUGUGAGCUGCAACUUUUAGUACAUUUUGGUGGUGAAACUUUUGAUGGUGUCAUUUUUUUGUCUGUUAUCUGCAAAGAUGUAAGAGGAUGGGGUGGAGAGGCAGGGGUGGGAUCAUAUCAGAGGUUUACAGGGUAACGGAGCGGUUUGGUGCUGGUGGAGAAUCUGAUGGAGCCUGAGAGGAUCUGCCAGACGGCACUGAGGAAGAGACACUUUCUUUUUUAAUAUUAACCAUGUCUGUGUUUGUUGGAACAGUUCUUUGCAUAUAAAGCACUUAGUUGUCGAGCUGAUCAUGGUGGCAUUUCUGGGAAUAGGCAGAAGUGCCGCUUCCUGUUAACGCUGUCCCACUUGCAGCGACAAUCACGUCGCCGUGGAAACCCUAAGCUGCUGGUUGCAGAUCCACCUUUAAAGCUGCAGGUUUGGAUCCCUCUUGCAUUAAGGAGGUGAUUUAAAGAAAAAAAAAAAGCCAUCUUUCUAUGACGCCACCACCCCCCCCCUCCCUCGGCUCUGAUCUGAACUGCUGGAGUCCCAUCCAGGAGCUUUUACUGCCCCAUGGAGGUGCCUGGAUUCAUCUCCUCAUCUCGGCAGAUUUUGUACAGUUAAGAGAUAUUCUUAGUGUUAAGUGCCAUUCAUUUUCAAAAAUUAUAGAGCUGAAGUUAAUUGACGCACAAUUUUUUAUUUUAUUUUUUCUUUACUUUAACCCCCGACUGCUUUUUAAGGGUUCAUACUGUCUACAUGGAGAAUUAAAAAUCAAACAUCCUGCUUUCUUUUGAAUAUUUUUCCCCCAUUUCUCCAAAUCUGUCACUGCCUUAGCUUUUAAUUGUUUUUACUUAUUCUGCACUGCUUCCAUGGACCUCCACUAGAGUUUUUUUAUACUUUAAAACAUGCAGCAUAAACUACUUUAAGUGUACUUCAUUGCACCUCCUUUGUCUGUACGGGUCAGAGGUAGCCGAGAGGACGGCGUUCUGCUUAAUGUGACUCACAUUUUCAUGCAGUAUUUCUGUGCAACCUCAUGCGAAGCGUCCGGGAAGACUUCCCCUGCGUCUUCGCCUCGUCUCAUCACAGCGCAGACCCGACUGUUAUAGGACUACCUCCUCUCCUGUCCUCGCUGUCGGCGGCGAAGCAUCCAGCACGACUCGCCUGCUUUAGCUUCUCCCAGUCAGACCAGCAGAGGAAGAAACAGGAAGGCCCCUCUGCGUGAAUCGGUGCCACCGCCGACACGUUGAAACGGGCGAAGGCGCACCCAGCUGUUCUCUGAAAAAGAUUUCUAAGUUUUUUCUAAAAGUAAUAUGAAAAUACUUUUUAACAUGCAUUCAUUCAUAUUGUUUAUUCUUUUGUUGCACAUUUAUUUUCUCAAAAAUAGAAUUAAUCAUUAAAACCUAAAAGGACGCGUCAAACACUGAUGCGUUCCCCUGAACUGUCCAAUCACGGGAGGGGAAGAUAAUUGACAAACAUUACAUUGUCCAGCCGUUUUGUGCAUAUUUCUUUUUUUUUUAUUAUAACCCACUGUAUAAUAUCAAGGAUUGUAUAUACAAUUGAAGAGAUGUAAAUAUUUAUGUUGCUUGCUUCAAGGGUGGUAUUAUGAAAAGAAAUAUACACAUGGUUAAAUUCUACAUGCCCACCAGCAAGCUUUGUGGAUAGCAGUGUAAAAACGAAAAACACACAAAAAAAGACACUGCCUUAAUGUUUAAAUAAAAAGCUUAUUGCCAUU